ACACACACACACACUCUGAGAGGAGGAGAAGAUUAAUUACUCAUCCUCUCUGAGUUGGAGCAGCUGAUCUUCAGGUUGGACUUUUUUAUUUAGUAAAUCUGGUCUUUGUUAUUUAUACCACUUUAAGAUCUGAGGAGAGAGGAGCCGACCUUAAACUGGUAUUUAAAGUGUAUUUCUGCUGGACUGUUCCACUGUGAAGUCUCCCGGAGCACCUGUCCGUCCUCAGGUGAGUCUCACCGGGAGAUGGAGCUUCCCGCUUUCUGCAGCGGCUGCUCGGCGUCUCAUUCCACGCUCAGAGAGCCUGUUCCCCGGCUGCAGUCUGCACCGCGGCCCGGUCCUCUGCAGCCCCGCAGCGGCAGCUUCCUGAUCCGGGACAUCUUAGCGGACUGUCUGCCCCUCUCUGACCCGGGACCGGUCCUCUGUGACCCGGGAGAGUUUCAGGAUAAAAGUCUCAGCAGCUCCUCUUCUGACAUCGAAUCCAGAGUGCAGUGCGGGCCCCCGGACGCUGGGAUGGAGCGUCUGAAGAAACCUCGGAAAGCUCGGACGGCGUUCAGCGACCAGCAGCUGUCCCGACUGGAGAGAAGCUUCCAGAAGCAGAAAUACCUGAGCGUUCAGGACCGUAUGACGCUGGCUGCAGCGCUACAGCUGAGUGACGCACAGGUGAAGACCUGGUACCAGAAUCGCAGGACUAAGUGGAAGCGUCAGUCCGUUGGGUUGGAGCUGCUGGCUGGAGCCGGCAGGAUGUACCUUCCCCCCCACUUCCUGUUUCCACCAGCCCCCCCCACCCUGGACCUCUACCUGUACCGAGGCCACGCCCCCCUCCACCACCAAGCCCCGCCCCUACUGAACUAG